AUGACAACGCGUCGGCUGGGCGUGGCGGUGGCUGUGCUAGGCGGGCAGCUGUACGCGGUGGGCGGGUCCGACGGGCAGGCGCCGCUCAACUCGGUGGAGCGCUACGAGCCGCGUGCCAACAAGUGGACGCCCGUAGCGCCCAUGUCUACGCGCCGCAAGCACCUGGGCUGCGCUGUCUACGAUGGCCAGAUUUACGCGGUGGGCGGCCGCGACGACUGCACCGAGCUCUCCUCGGCCGAGAGGUACGAGCCGGCGACGGACACGUGGUCGCCGGUGGUGGCGAUGACGUCACGGCGCAGCGGCGUGGGGCUGGCCGUGGUCAACGGGCAGCUGUACGCCGUCGGCGGCUUCGACGGUACCGCCUACCUCAAGUCCAUAGAGCACAACGGGCAGCUGUACGCCGUCGGCGGCUUCGACGGUACCGCCUACCUCAAGUCCAUAGAGGUGUUCGACCCGGAGUCGAACCAGUGGCGGCUGUGCGGCGCCAUGAACUACCGGCGGCUGGGCGGCGGCGUUGGCGUCAUGCGCGCGCCGCACCACGACGCGCACUACAUAUGGAACCGAAAAGACUCAGUGGUGUGA